AUGCCUGAACAUAUCCAGAUUCAGCAGCACGAAUGGCAGGACGGCCUCUGCGGCUUCUGCAGCGGUGGGCAUUGCCUCAUGGGCUGGUGCUGCCCGUGCGUGCUGGUCAACAAGACGGCCGAGCUGAUCGAUGACCCCGACGAGAAGGACCCCAGCGGGUGUGGCUGGACGGGCUGCGGCUGGUGCGUUAUCAACAUGGCCACUGGUGGCUUCGGCUGCAUUAUCAGCUUGCUGCAGCGCAAGGAAAUCCGCAAAAUGCACGGCAUCGAAGGUGGCAUGUGCGGCGACCUGUGCUCUAACUGGUGCUGCCCAUGCUGCGCCGUCAUCCAGCAGUACAAGGAGGUGGAGAUGCGCCGUGAUGCCCGGGUGAACAAGACGGGCUACCAGCAACAGGCCCCCAUGCGCCACUGA